GCUGGGAGAGGCAGGCGGCCCGCGGAGGGCUGAACUCCUGCCUCGGGAACCUCCGGCGCGGCGGCUGCAAACGCGUCUCGCUCGCCCCGAGCCCCGGGGCAGCUGCUGCCUUUGUGCGUCUGCAGCGGGCUCGGCUCGGCUCGUCCCUCCUGCCCGGCGAGUGCGCGGCGGCCGGGCCGGGCUCCGUGGCGUGGGGCCCCGUCAGCGGGGAAGCUGCAGCCGAGAGACCGAACCUGCCGCUGCCCGAGGAGAGGAGCCGCCGGCCGGCCGGGGCAUGGCUGGGGCGCGCUCCGCUCAGGCUCCAGUCACAUUUGACGACGUCGCUGUGUAUUUCUCCGCGGAGGAGUGGGAGGAGCUAGCAGAAUGGCAGAAGGAGCUGUACAAGGACGUGAUGAGGGACAACUACAAGGCUUUGAUCUCCCUGGGUCAUGCUGCCACUAAACCUGACAUUAUCUGGCUGAUUGAACGUGGGGAAGAGCCGUGUGUCAAGGGUCACAAGGACUCUGGGAAUGGAAAAGCUUUUAACUUCUUCUCCCAUGCAAUAAAGAACAUCUGGAUUCUCUCUCCAUUGCAGCAGUUGCUGAGAUCAGGGGGAAGAAGGAGACUCAUCCGCAGGAGACUCUCAGGGAAUUGGAAGGGCCCAGGCUGUUAGAGCGUGGCCUCCAGAGCUCGGACAGGGAAUUAGUCUGUCAGGCUCAGUCCAGCUCAGAAGAUCAUCAGGAAAACUCUGCCAGAAGUGGAGUGGAGCCACCCCUUCCUUGGCAAAGCGGGCUCACUGCAGCCACCUGGCAACGCUGCUCCCUGGGAUGUGAGCAGGCGGCUUCCUUUGAACUCUCUGGGGGAUGCCUGCGUGUGGUUGAGGACAGGUUCUGGCCCUUGGACGUCCUUGCUCCCCAGCCAUUCACUCCUGCAGAGACUCUGUAUAAAUGUAUCCAGUGUGAGAAAUGGUUCACUCCCCCGCCAGCUGCUGGCGAUCACGGAGGGACGCCCCUGGGAGCAGAGCCCUCCAUUUGCCCCAAGUGCAAGGGGAGCCAUGGGGAGAGCUCUCAUCUUAGUGCAUGUCAGAGACUCCCCCC